AUGGAGUCUAAUGAGACAGGGAGAGGAGGAUGGAAAACCAAGAAUCAGAACCCUCAGAAACAGAAGAUGAACAUGAAUAUUAUACGCCAAGAACAAUUGAUAGCUAAGAAAAAGAAGGAAAUUGAGGCCAGAAUGGCAGAGCAAGCUAAAAUCAAUGCACAAACGCCCAACAAAUGUCUGCCUCCAAGUUCCCCUACAACGCAAGGGACCUCCAACAAGUUCGUCAACGAUGGCAGCUUCUUACAGCAGUUCAUGAAGAUGCAGAAGCAGAAACCGAACAGCAGUUCUGGCUCCCCCACUGACUCCAAAAAUCCCCAAUCAACGACAGGAGGAAACCCUGCGCAGAGAAAAAACGCUUUAGUCGGCAAGCGGCCCGGCGUCGGUACCAUGCUCAGCCAGUUUAAGAGCUAUUCGCAGUCGAAGAAGAAUCCAGUUCUCAGCCAGAGGCCAAGUGUGUUUUGUUCCCCGGAUGACGACGACGAGGAUGAGAUUGAUUUCACAGAACUCUUAAAUAUGAAAGUUUCUCCCCCAGAGGACCCAGACACCAGACUCAUUAUCAACAAGAUGGCCUCCUUUGUGGCGGAGGGGGGACCCGAGCUGGAGAGACAGGCCAAGGAGGACUACAAGGACGAUCCCGUUUUCUCAUUUUUACAUGACAGAAACAGUAUGGAGUAUCUGUACUACAAAAAGACAGUUGCGGAAUUGAGAAACAAUGCUCCAACGCCUGAGAACACGGCCGUUAACGUCUCCCCCUCAGUGGAUGCGGAAACCCAGGAAGUGGCCGAGCAGCUCGCCAGGUUUGUGGCUGAGGGUGGCCCAGAAGUGGAAAGCAUCGCUAUCGAGCGUAACCGCGACAACCCUACCUUCAGUUUUUUAUUCGAUCAGCAAAACCCAGCCAACCGUUUCUACAAAGAGAAGCUACGAGAGUAUCGCGAGGCCGCCUCGCGGACUUCCUCAUCUCCGGAGGCGGAGUUCGAGACAGAGCCUCGGAGAGCGGCUGCUCCUCCGCGACCGCAGAUUUCGGUCCCCCCGGUGUCUGAAGCGCCCGGUCAGGCGGAAGACACGCCGCCCGUCAAACGUAAGAGGAAGAGUAGAUGGGGGUCCGAAGACGACAAAGUGGAGCUUCCCGUUCCUUCCAUCGUCAUCCCUCAGGAUAUGGCUGUUCCAGACCCCAACAUGCCAUCGCUUUCUGCUCAAGAUCUUCAAGGUCUUGGUUAUAGAAAGGGAAAGCCUGUAGGUCUGAUUGGUGUGACAGAACUAUCUGAAGACCAGAAGAAACAACUAAAAGAACAACAAGAGAUGCAAGAGAUGUUCGACAUGAUCAUGAAACACAAGCGCGCAAUGGCCGAGAUGCAGCAGAUGUGGGACAAGGCCAUCAAAGACCACCAGCGCGAGUACGACAGCGACGAAGAAGUGGACGAGGACGACGGCACCUGGGAGCAUCGUCUCCGAAAAAUGGAAAUGGAGAAGACGCGAGAGUGGGCAGAAUCUCUGACAGACAUGGGAAAAGGGAAACACUUCAUUGGAGACUUUCUGCCGCCUGAGGAGCUGGAGAAGUUUAUGGAGACUUUUAAAGCACUCAAGGAGGGACGGGACCCAGAUUACUCUGAAUAUAAAGAGUUCAAGUUGACAGUGGAGAAUCUGGGUUUCCGCAUGCUGAUGAAGAUGGGUUGGAAGGAAGGGGAAGGCCUCGGGACUGAAGGGCAAGGCAUCAAGGCUCCUGUCAACAAGGGAACUACAGCCUCAAAUGGAGCAGGGUUUGGGGUCGAGCGUCCGGCUGAGCUCUCAAAAAGCGAUGAUGAGUACGAUGCCUUCAGGAAGAGGAUGAUGCUUGCCUACCGAUUUCGGCCUAAUCCACUGAAUAAUCCACGGAGACCAUAUUACUGA